UAUCCUGCAUAAUAUCUCUGAAUUAGUCAGAAGUGAAUGACGUAAACUUAAACUCUGUGGAGUAAUGUACAUCACCGAAAUAUAUAGUAGAUGAAGUUCUGCUAUAGGAAUAGCCAUGGAAGACAUUUUCGAAGAAGUUGUUUCUUCGGAUGAUAUAAAGAAAUUUGAGACGGUUUACAAUCAGCAAUUGGCCAAUGGAAAGGUAACGGAUAAAGCGCAGUUUGAGUAUGCCUGGUGUCUGGUGCGAAGUAAAUAUUCUGCAGAUAUUCGCAAAGGAAUAAUUCUCCUAGAAGACCUGUUCGAACGAGAGAAGGAACAAAGGAGGGAUUGUUUAUACUAUUUAGCAUUUGGUUCUGCAAGGAUAAAGGAAUACACCAAAGCUUUACAAUACUGUAGAGUGUUCCUACAAGUUGAACCUGGAAACCAACAAGUUCAGGGCUUAGAGAGACUGAUAAAGAAACGGAUGGAGAAAGAAGGGCUGGCUGGAAUGGCUCUGGCUGGUGGAGUUGUACUUGCUGUGGGUGCCAUAGUUGGUAUGGGUGUGGCUAUGGCAGCCCGUAAGUCUUAAGAAGUGUACCAGUCACAACGGUGAUUUUGCUGCACUGUAACCAGUUCCAUAUGAGUGUCAGUCAAGUCAAAGUGGCUAUUUUUUUCCAAAUGCACAUUAUAUAAAGAUGUAUUUUUUCCACAUUUAGUUUACUUUGUACAAAAUUUUUGCCACUUCAUUUUGUGCAGCAGGUUUGUGCCCAUGAGUCUGCUGUUGACUACUUAGUAGAUAUUGCCAUUAUUACUAUAUUUGUUAUUAUGUUUUAAUUAUAUAUGUACAGCUAUGUUGAUAAUUUUAUUUAUGAAAUAAAUCUUUUCUCAUAA